UUACACAGUCUGAACCUCUUGACCCUCUAGACCACUUGAUUCUCUUUCUAUCUCUCUCACUCUCUCUCUCUGAGACCAGUAUUAAACUCUCAGUUGCUUUCCCUUUUCCUGGAAAGAAAAUCUAAUGAGCUGCAGCCAUUCUUAAAACGCUUUUCUCUUCAAUAACUGCAGUCCUUAAAGAUUUCUUGCUGACUCUUUGCUUAAACAAAAAAAGCCCAAAGACAAACAUUUAAAGAGAAAGAAUCUCUUAUUCUCUUCCCAUUUUACCAUUAUUUUCCACAUAAACACCCCCUUUUUCUCUCUAUCCCUUUCUCUCUGUUGCCAUGCAAAAUCUUAGCGUUUUUCCUCUUUUGGAUACUGUAAUCUUCCAUUUCCCAUCUAAUCAUUCACAGCUGUAAGAAUCAUACUCUUUUUCUCUCUCCGAAACCUGUUUUCAGUCUAAACUUGCGAAGGAAACCCUAAAAUAGUAGUAGUAGAAGAACAAGAAGACCAACCACAAAAUCUCAACUUUUCAAGAUCCAAGCAAAAUUCCUACGAAAGCAACAAAACCCAGAAGCAAAAACCUUUUCUUUCACCAUGGAUUUAGUUUCACAAGCAAACAAUCCCAGCUACGAAAACCACCUCAUACCCAACAUAGCUACUAGCCCAACUACUCCCACCACUCCCACAACUCCAUCCACUGCCACAUCCUCAUCACCGUCGUCUACUUCCAGUACUACUCCAAGCCGCUAUGAGAACCAAAAGCGCCGAGACUGGAACACCUUUUGCCAGUACUUGAGGAACCACAGGCCUCCACUCUCACUCCCCAUGUGCAGUGGUGCACAUGUCCUUGAAUUCCUUCGCUACUUAGACCAAUUUGGCAAGACCAAAGUCCACAACCAGACUUGCCCUUUCUUUGGUCUCCCUAACCCUCCUGCUCCUUGUCCUUGCCCUCUAAGACAAGCUUGGGGAAGCCUUGAUGCUCUUAUUGGCCGCCUCCGUGCCGCGUAUGAAGAACAUGGUGGAAGACCAGAAGCAAACCCCUUUGGUGCAAGAGCUGUGAGGCUGUAUUUGCGUGAGGUUCGUGAUUUUCAGGCUAAAGCCAGAGGGGUCAGCUAUGAGAAGAAGAGGAAAAGGCCUAAGCCAAAGAUGAAUACUUCAAAUACUCCUCCUCCUGUUCCUCCUAAUGCAAGUUCAUAGAGAAAGAAAGAAAAAGAAAAAUGAGUUAUUGGGUAGUACCUGGAUGUGAAUCAUAUGAUGGCAUUGUGACCAACUUCUCUUCAGCCUUUGGUGAUGAUCAUGAUCCUGCUUUGACUUAUACCAAGCGCUAUGGUAUAAGCUUUUUCUUGUAAUCACACUAUUAGAAUUACUGUGCAUAUAUAUGAUAGAACUCAACCCUAAAACUGCAUAGCAUUACGAAGGACCUGAUCACCAGAGCUUAUUUCUCCAGUGUGCUUUGUGAGGAGAGUAUGUCUUGUUCUAUCAUUUUCCAACAUCUAUAUCAAGCUUAUCUAUUUAAUUUUUAAUUA